UUCUCUAUUUCCCUUUCUCCAACCUCACAGCAGAAGAGGUUUUGCUAUAAUAUUAAUACGUGACACCCACCACACCACUCUCCGCACCCGUAUCCUUUUAUUUUUUAUUUUUUAUUUUCUCACCACAGCGCAACCGAACCUCGCUCCAUGGCGCCAAUUCCCUAACCGAACCCAACACAAGACAAGACAGAGACUUCCUCGUACAAGCGAAAUGAAGUCCGCGCGGGUCAGACAAGCGAUCCUCCUCACGGUUCUGGCGUGGGCGUUCGCCAUUGCAGGUUCGGAUCUAGCUUCGGACAGAGCAGGGUUGUUGGCUCUGAGAAGCGCGGUGAGGGGACGCACGCUCUUAUGGAACGCCAGCCAAACGAGUCCUUGUUCCUGGACAGGCGUGGUUUGCACCGGUGGGAGAGUAACCCUGGUGCGCCUCCCCGCUAUGGGCCUCACCGGUUCGCUCCCCUCCGGUUUGGGAAACCUCACCCAACUGCAGACACUCUCUCUCCGGUUCAACGCGCUAACCGGACCAAUCCCCGCGGAUUUCGCCGGUUUGAAAGCGCUUCGCAACCUCUACUUGCAGGGGAACUUCUUCUCCGGCCAAGUUCCCGAUUCCGUCUUCGCCUUGCAGAACCUCGUCAGGCUGAAUUUGGGUCACAACAAUUUCAGCGGCGAGAUUUCGCCCAAAUUCAACUCGCUCACUCGCUUGGCCACUCUUUAUCUAGAGCGCAACAAUUUCACUGGCUCCAUCCCUGACCUAAGCGUUCCACCGUUGUAUCAGUUCAACGUGUCUUUCAAUUCCUUAUCCGGUCCCAUUCCCGAGCGUUUUUCGCGUUUGGACCAAACCGCGUUUCUCGGAAACUCACUCUGCGGGGAGCCUCUGCAGCUCUGCCCCGGAACCGGAGAGAAAAGCAACAAGCUCUCCGGCGGUGCCAUUGCGGGGAUUGUAAUCGGUUCUGUCUUCGGUGUGCUUUUGAUUCUGCUCCUUUUCUUUUUCUUGUGUAGAAAAAGGAGCCAGAAGAGUUACAAUGAAACCGCUCCACCUGGGAAGCGUGUUGUAGAAGGUGAAAAGAGUGAGGUUCGGAGUGGUGGUGAGGCUGGGAAUUCAGGUUCGGCCGUGGCGGGUUCGGUGGAGAAGAGUGAGGUUCGGAGUGGAGACAAGAGUUUGGUGUUUUUUGGGAAUGUGAAUAGGGUGUUCAGUUUGGAUGAGUUGUUGAGGGCUUCUGCGGAAGUUUUGGGGAAGGGGACUUUUGGAACGACUUACAAGGCGACAUUGGAGAUGGGGGUGAGUGUGGCGGUGAAGAGGUUGAAGGAUGUUACUGCAACGGAGAGGGAAUUCAGGGAGAGGAUUGAGCAAGUGGGGAAGAUGGUUCAUCAAAACUUGGUCCCACUUAGGGGUUAUUACUUUAGCAGGGAUGAGAAGCUUGUUGUGUAUGAUUACAUGCCCAUGGGAAGCUUAUCUGCUCUCUUACAUGCAAAUGGUGGGGUGGGGAGGACUCCGCUAAAUUGGGAAACAAGGUCUGCCAUUGCUCUUGGCGCUGCUCGUGGGAUUGCAUACCUUCAUUCACAUGGCCCAACAUCCUCACAUGGAAACAUCAAGUCAUCGAAUAUCCUUCUCACCAAAUCCUUUGAAGCUCGUGUCUCUGACUUUGGCCUUGCCUACCUUGCUCUCCCAACCUCUACACCUAACCGUGUUUUUGGUUACCGGGCGCCAGAGGUCACUGAUGCGCGCAAAGUAUCUCAAAAAGCUGAUGUCUAUAGCUUUGGUAUCAUGCUUUUGGAGCUUCUUACUGGGAAGGCUCCCACUCAUUCUUCAUUGAAUGAAGAAGGGGUGGACCUCCCAAGAUGGGUUCAAUCUGUGGUUCAAGAUGAGUGGAACACUGAAGUAUUUGACAUGGAGCUCCUGAGGUACCAGAGUGUUGAGGAGGAAAUGGUCAAGCUCUUGCAGCUUGCCCUUGAAUGUUGUGCUCAAUAUCCUGACAAGAGACCUUCAAUGGAGGAGGUGGCAAGCAAGAUUGGGGAAAUUUGUCUUCCUAGUUUAGAGAAAGAGGAAGGGAAGAAUCAAGGUUUUAAAGAUGCAGAUAACGGAUUUUCCCAACAGUACUACUCUGUUGACUCGGGUGUGUCACAUGCUUGAAUAUAGAAUUGAAGAAAGACCUCAUUAUUUCAUCAUUAGCCUGUUUUUGGCAUGCAUAUUAUACAAGUGUUGUUUGUUUGUUUAUUCAUUGAGGGAUUAUAGAAACCAGCUGUGUAUGUCCAUUGUCUUACACUCUUACUACCUUCUUUUCCUUAGUCCCUUUUGUUAUUCUAAGUCUUGGGGUUGGGAGUUUCUAUUCCCCACUUUAUUUACUACUUCAUUAUAUUCCUGAAAACACGUUUAUUUAUUUUCAUUUUUACAAGAAUAUGCGUGAA